AGCUAGACGAGGCUUCGCGAGCGCUGGAGGCCUUUGAGCUGAAGAAGGCGGCCGCCCGGGCAGUGACCGGAGCCCUGGCCUCGCACCCCAACAGCACCGAUGUCCACGUGAUCAGCCUCUCCCUCACCUUCCAUGGCCAGGAGCUGCUUAGCGACACCCGGCUCGAGCUCAACUCUGGCCGCCGUUACGGCCUCAUCGGCCUCAAUGGCACCGGCAAGUCCAUGCUGCUGUCAGCCAUCGGGAAGCGGGAGGUGCCGAUCCCGGAGCACAUCGACAUCUACCACCUGACGCGGGAGAUGCCGCCCAGCCAGAAGACGCCGCUGCAGUGCGUGAUGGAGGUGGACACUGAGCGGGCCAUGCUGGAGCGGGAGGCCGAGCGCCUGGCCCACGAGGACGCCGAAUGCGAGAAGCUGAUGGAGCUGUACGAGCGAUUGGAGGAACUGGACGCCGACAAGGCGGAGGCACGAGCCUCCCGAAUCCUGCACGGCUUGGGCUUCACCCCCGCCAUGCAGAGGAAGAGCCUGAAGGACUUCAGCGGUGGCUGGCGGAUGCGGGUGGCGCUCGCCAGGGCCCUCUUCAUCCGGCCCUUCAUGCUGCUGCUGGACGAGCCCACCAACCACCUCGACCUGGACGCCUGCGUCUGGCUGGAGGAGGAGCUGAAAACGUUCAAGCGCAUCCUCGUCCUGAUCUCGCAUUCCCAGGACUUCCUGAACGGUGUCUGCACCAACAUCAUCCACCUGCACAACCGCAAACUCAAGAACUACACAGGCAACUACGAUCAGUACGUGAAGACCCGGGUGGAAUUGGAGGAGAACCAGAUGAAGCGCUUCCACUGGGAGCAAGAUCAGAUCGCCCACAUGAAGAAUUACAUCGCCCGCUUUGGGCACGGCAGUGCCAAGUUAGCCCGUCAGGCUCAGAGCAAAGAGAAGACGCUCCAAAAGAUGAUGGCCUCCGGGCUGACCGAGCGCGUCAUCAACGACAAGACGCUCUCCUUCUACUUCCCCUCCUGUGGGAAGAUCCCGCCUCCCGUCAUCAUGGUGCAGAAUGUGAGCUUCCGCUACAGCAAAGACGGGCACUGGAUCUACAACAACCUGGAAUUCGGCAUUGACCUGGACACGCGGGUGGCUCUGGUGGGGCCCAAUGGGGCCGGGAAAUCCACACUGCUGAAGCUGCUCACCGGAGAGCUGCUCCCGACGGACGGCAUGAUCCGGAAGCACUCACACGUCAAGAUAGGCCGCUACCACCAGCACCUGCAAGAGCAGCUGGACCUGGACCUCUCUCCACUGGAGUACAUGCUGAGGUGUUACCCCGAGAUCAAGGAGAAGGAGGAGAUGCGCAAGAUCAUCGGCCGCUACGGGCUGACCGGGAAGCAGCAGGUCAGCCCCAUCCGGAACCUCUCUGACGGCCAGAAGUGCCGCGUCUGCUUCGCGUGGCUGGCCUGGCAGAACCCCCACAUGCUCUUCCUGGACGAGCCCACCAAUCACCUGGACAUCGAGACCAUCGACGCCCUGGCCGACGCCAUCAACGACUUCGAAGGGGGCAUGAUGCUGGUCAGCCACGACUUCCGCCUCAUCCAGCAGGUGGCGCAGGAGAUCUGGGUGUGUGAGAAGAAGACCAUCACCAAGUGGCCUGGCGACAUCCUCUCCUACAAGGAGCAUCUGAAGUCCAAGAUGCUGGUGGACGAAGAGCCUCAGCUCACCAAGAAGAUGCAGAACGCUUGAGCAGGGCCGUGUCCCCCCCCUCCUCGCCCCCGUCCCCCGGGAGGGAGUGUGGGAUUGGGGGCAGCCAGCUCCUCCGCUCUGGGAGACCCUGGUGCCGGCCUCCCCGGGGGAAGACGGGCAAGGCUGCCCCCCGGCCUCCCCUCGGCUUCCCCCGCUGCCCGCAGCCCUGGCGGAGACUGCAAGAGCCUGGCUUCCUGCUUCGGAUCCACCACUCCAGAGCCUCCGUUUCUUUUUCAUAAUUAUUUAUUAGUGUAAUUGCAUUCCUGCCUGAGGAGUCUCGGCCAAUAAAGAGAGGGGAGCCUCA